CAGUUGCUAUUCCCCCCUCAUUUUUCCGAAAGAAAAAUCCCCAGAAGCUCGUAACAUUUGCUGCACUCUGCAAGUUCUCCCUCCCCAUUCCGCCGCUAUCCGAUCAAUCGGCCGCCGCAGCUCCACAGAAAAUUGGAUUCAGAAAUACAGAAUCUGUGGAACAAGCGAAUUACAAUUGUAGUCCUCUUUUGUCUCCACUUGCCCCCAACGAACGCUGUUUUCAGUCCUCCGCUUUAAUAAGUUGUAGAGCAUAGCAAGUAAAAAAAUAUGAACAAGGACAAGAUAUUUAAGCUAGCCAAGGGCUUCAGAGGCAGGGCUAAGAAUUGCAUAAGGAUUGCUCGAGAGCGGGUGGAGAAGGCUCUCCAGUAUUCCUACAGGGACCGUCGCAAUAAGAAGAGAGACAUGCGCUCCCUUUGGAUACAACGCAUCAAUGCUGGCACACGCCUUUAUGGGGUAAAUUAUGGAAAUUUCAUGCAUGGGCUGAUGAAGGAGAACAUUCAACUGAAUAGAAAAGUAUUAUCAGAGCUUUCAAUGCACGAACCUUACAGUUUCAAGUCCCUGGUAGACAUCUCUCGAAAUGCAUUUCCUGGAAACAAGAAUGUAGUGUUUCCCCCAAAGAAGGAUGGCAUUUCCGUAGUUCUUUAAUGGAUCAUUUAAGAGUCCCCUAGAUCUCCAGUUAUGUAGAAACUGACUCGGGAUGUUUGUCUGGCUUAUGAUCAUUGAUAGUUAUUGCCUGUUGUUGAGCGUUAAUCUGUUCGUUUCUAUUGUUGCAUUAGUUAUCCUAAUGUUGCUAGACACUGAAAGGAUUCUCUACUUGAAGUGAUAAAAAUUUUCCUGGAUGCUUUGGUUUUAAAUCCACAA